AUGGGCAUUCAGUUCUCUCAAAUUUUUCCCUCGUCGCCAAACUUUACAUCGGAUAAUAUUCCCAGCCAAACCGGCAAAGUUAUCCUCAUUACAGGUGCAGCCUCUGGCAUCGGCUUGGAGCUAGCCAAGAUCCUUUAUCGUAAAGGAGCCAAAAUCUAUAUUGCGAGUCGAUCUGAGGAAAAAGCCCGCACUGCCAUCCAGAAUAUCCAGCGCGAUGUUCCCCAGAGAGAUGGCGAGUUAGUCUUUCUGCAGCUUGACCUGGAUGACCUCACGACUAUCAAAGCUACCGUCGAAACCUUUCGAGAGAAAGAGUCCAAGCUAGACAUACUAUUCAACAAUGCAGGUGUUUCCCAGCCUCCAGUUGGAAGUGUCUCGAAACAAGGAAUAGAGCUUCAACUCGCAACUAAUUGUCUGGGACCAUUCCUCCUCACCCAUUUACUGCGCCCACUGCUUGAAAAUACCGCUAAGGCCGCAGAACCUGGAUCUGUUCGUGUUGUCUGGACAAGUAGUCAGGUCGUUGAGUUUUCUGCACCACGGGAAGGAAUGAUCAUGUCGCAGCUCACGAACCCACCUCAAGACCCUGUGGUGAACUAUACAAAUUCCAAGCUAGGAAAUCAUUUCCUAGCCGCAGAAAUGGCACGUCAAGACGGCGAUAAAGGAAUUAUUAGCGUUGCACAUAAUCCUGGAGCUGCUAAUACAAAUUUGCUCCGCAAUGCACCGUGGAUGAAGUUCUUCUCGAGACCGUUGUUGCAUAGUCCUGUUCUGGCUGCCCAUACGCUUCUUUUUGCUGGUUUCUCGCCUGAAAUCAGCAUUGAGAACCAUGUUGAUGCAUAUGUUAUUCCUUGGGGUCGCAUUCAUCCGGGAGUUGCAAAUAACAUACAGAAAGCAAUUGGGAGGAGCGAAAAUGGCGGGUCUGGAAAGGCGAAGGAGUUUUGGGAAUUUUGUGAUGAGAGAACGAAGGACUAUACUUAA